UCCAGCCCCUUCACACACACCCCCCCCCACUUUCCCCUUCAAGAAGCCGGCUCCGGGGCGCGCUCACCCCUGUGAGGAGGCCAGAGGCCGGACACUGGAGGCGCUGUCUCCGCUCCCGUUAGAUCAUGUACCAGCCCAGCCGGGGGGCGGCCCGGCGUCUCGGCCCCUGCCUCCGCACUUACCAGGCUCGCCCCCAGGACCAGCUUUCUCCACGGACUCUACCAUUCCCACCCCUGUGGCCCCCCUCCACAACAGCCACUUCUCCAUCUUCUCUUCUCUGGUCUCCCCCACCCCCACACCCUCCGAUCUGGCUGCUUCCCCGGGCUCCCCCACUACAUCUCCCUCAGAUCCAGGCCCUCAGCUCACCAUGGGUGGUUCUCCCUCCAGGAAAGGGGGAGGAGGCACCAGGACCUGAGAUGCAUAGUGGCUGCCUGGAUGGGCUUAGGAGCCUAUUUGAGGGACCUCCCUGCCCCUGUCCUGGGGCUUUGAUACCUUUCCAAGCCCCAGGGACCUCUCACCCUUCCCCUGCCACUCCAUCAGGAGAUCCAAGUAUGGAGGAGCACCUGGCUGUCAUGUAUGAGAGACUGAGACAAGAGCUUCCCAAUCUCUUCCUUCACUCCCACGACUAUACUCUCUACUCAUCGGAUGUGGAAUUCAUCAAUGAGAUCCUGAAUAUCCGUACCAAGGGCCGGACAUGGUACAUUCUGUCACUGACCCUCUGCCGCUUCCUGGCCUGGAACUAUUUUGCACAGCUUCGGUUGGAGGUUCUACAGCUGACCCGCCACCCAGAGAAUUGGACCCUGCAAGCCCGCUGGCGGCUUGUGGGGCUGCCCAUCCACAUGCUCUUUCUGCGUUUCUACAAGCGAGACAAGGAAGAGCUUUAUCGGACCUAUGAUGCCUAUUCCACCUUCUACCUGAAUUCCAGUGGCCUCAUUUGUCGCCAUCGCCUAGACAAACUGAUGCCUUCACAUUCAGCCCCAACGCCUGUGAAAAAGCUGCUAGUGGGAGCCCUGGUGACUCUGGGACUGUCAGAGCCAGAACCCAACUUACACCUGUGUUCUAAGACCUGAUCCAGGAACUGGGGUAAAGGCAGCACUGAAGACUUUGCUAUAUAUGCACAAGAGGAAGGGGUGGGGGGGGGCCUAGAAUCUCAGGAGCCAGCUUCCUCCCCUCUUUACUCUCCUUUUUUGCCAUCUCAUGCUGUGUAAAGCUGCUGUGUAAUUUAACUUGUAAAUAAUAAAGUCUAAGUGAAUAUAUGAGAA